GAGUAGAAGCAGAAGAAAAAGGAGGAGGAGGGGAGAACAAGAGUUUCUUCCCCCCUCACCAAUCCAACUGUUCUUCGUCGUGCAGUCUGUAACAACAGAUAUUCAGCUUGAGAGGAGGAAACAGCAGAAGCGUUCUUCUCCAUGUUAGAUCAUCUCCAGUCGGCAUGUUUUAGAACUUCAGCACUUGAAAGUAUUCAGUCACAGGAUGGACCACUCAGCUCUCCGAUGCCUCAUCGGCCUAUCCGUCACUCUGCUAACCAGGCACACCGCGAAUGGCACUCCAGUAAUUUUAAAUGACUCUAUGGAGGGUAGUGGGCAGUGGGAAUCUGAGAGCACAGACCCGAUCCCCACACCUAGCAUUUCCUCCUUCCUCAAUGAAUCGGUAAAGACCACCUCCAUAUAUGGAGAAAAACAUACCAAAUCGUUCUUGAAUCAGAUGGUGGACUUCUUACAAGAGAACCACCUUCCCAUAAUUGUCAUUACCACUUUACUUUUUCUCAUCCUCACCAUCCUCUGCUCGGCUGCCAUCUUGAGUCGCCGACGUAAAGUCAGCACCUACUACCCUUGCGCUUUCCCCUCCAAGAUGUACGUGGAUGAGCGAGACAAGACUGGAGGAGUGCGCAUCUUCAACGAAGUCCCGGAGAAAGCCAACACCAGAUCCACUGAGGAGCCGGUGAAUUCAGCCAGGCAGCUCCAGGAGGACAUCAUGCUGGCUACCAAGAACCUCCGAACUCCAGCCAAGGCUCCAUGGAAAGAGAAGAAUGAAACGGCAGAAGAUCAAAAAUCUGCCGAUGACAAGGAAUGUCCUCAGUGCGACAAGAGUCAAGAGAAUGGCUGUGGCCUGCUAGAGGACAAGACCACAAAUCAGUCUGCCAUUGAGGAUUCUGUGGAAAAGAGCAGCCCCAGCAGGUCCCAGGACAGCGUCCCUGCUUGUGACAUGGAAAAGACUGACCCCUCGGACUCUGGGCCCCCUGAAGAGAGCAAACAUCUAUCUGGGCCAGAGAAUUCAGAGAUACAAGAGAACACGAACAAACAGGAAGUUGCUACUUCAGACUCACCAUUUAUCAGUGAAGAGAAAACAGCAUUUUAGUGUGGACAUUUUUAAAGCCUUAAAGGAAACACUUAGACAUAAAUACUGACAAAAGUGUAUUUAUUGGACACAUUGUAAAACUAAAGAAUGCAGUAUGAAGUUUUAUUGAUAUAAUCGGUAGCACUUUAUUUCACAGUCCUGUUCCCAUGUACAUAUGUACUUAUUAUAGUAAUUGCAAUAACUGGGUUAUACCUAGGUACUAACCCUGAACCUACCCCUAAACCCAACCUUAACCCAUGUAAUUAGCUUAUAUUACCCAAUACUUUUUUAGGUAAGUACACGUAAGCGCAUGUACUGUAAAAUAAAGUGCAACCAAAUUAUCAGAUUUCUUUCAGGAAAAUGUAUGGCUUUAACAUUGUUUGUGACUGUUUACUUUGAUGUACCAAAUAUAAAUGUACUCUGCUUAAAAUUAGUAUUUUAAUUUACUUAAAUGUAAAUAUGAACAGAUGCCUUUUGGGCAAGACUUUAACAUAAAAAUGGCAUUUUAAACAUUA